AGCCAAUUUGAUUCGAGUCGUUGGCAUUCCGUUUUGCCCGCGCACGCGCACGCAAAUACCGGACUUGCAUAACGUCCUCUCGGCCAGGUCGCUGGGAUGCCGGCCGCUGGGAAGGCACAGUGGACCACGUAUGCGGUGGCGCUGCUCGUCCAGGGCGUCCCCAGCGUGACCGCCUUGGUGGUGCAGGUUGGCGAUGGCGCCCACCGCGACAUCUCCCAACGCAGCGCCUCGCGCACGACUGCCCAGGCGCAGGUUGCGCCGCUCGACGGCGUCCUCGUGGACAUCGGCGCUACGGAGUGCCCUGCCGGGUACAGGGUCAUGACCGAGACCGAGUGCUCCUAUGGCGUUCACGUCAAUGGGGCGGAUAUCACGACUUACAGCCACAGCGGUUGCUAUCAUGACAAUGGUGGUUGGCCGGCGCAGGGCUGCUUUCUGAACGGCGCGAGUUCUAUUACAGCAACGGCUGGCGUGUUGUACUACAGCACCUGCACUGAAUACAGCGCUUUGUCCAAGAACGGCAACUAUGGCAUCUGUACGGCUGUCCAGGAACUCUUGAUCACGGUGCGGCCGUCCCAAUGGCUGAGUUUGUUGGAAGUCACGGCGUACGAUGCGGCUGGCAACACGGUCGCAGCCCUUGGGGCGUCGAUGUCUUCUACCAAGUAUUGGUAUCGUCCCGCUUCCCAUUGUAUCGAUGGAAAUCUCGGAACGUGGUGCCAUUCUGACCUGGGUGGAUCGUUGAAGAUCACGUACCCGACGACCACUAUUUCGCGCGUUGUCGUUGAUAACUUUAUGACUUAUCCGUACAGAAUCCAGGGAGCUUCACUUAAUUUGUCCCUUGGCGGGCAGACGUUGUGGUCAGAGCAAUUCUCUGGGAUACACGCGUCGUAUGAGUUCGUGGAGCCAACGCCCAGCCCGACGCCUUUCCCGACGCCUUUCCCGACGCCCUACCCGACGACCUACCCGACAGCCUUCCCGACGCCCUACCCGACAGCCUUUCCAACGCCUGACCCGACGUUGAGCCCGACUCCAGACCCGACGCCUUGCCCGACGGCUUUCCCGACGCCUUUCCCGACGCCAUACCCGACGCCAUACCCGACGUUUUUCCCGACGCUUUUCCCCACGGCUUUCCCGACGCCUUACCCGACGCUGUACCCGACGCUUUACCCGACGUUUUACCCGACGCCUUUCCCGACAGCUUUCCCGACGGCGAGUCCCACGACCAGCCCCACGCCCAGCCCCACAGCGAGCCCCACGCCCAGCCCCACGGCCAGCCCGACGCCAUAUCCGACGGCCUUCCCAACAGCGUUUCCGACGCCUUACCCGACGGCCUUCCCGACAGCCUUCCCGACACCGUACCCGACAGCCUUCCCGACGGCCGACCCGACGCCCAGCCCAACGGCCUUCCCGACGCCGUAUCCAACGGCCUUCCCGACGCCAUACCCGACGGCCUUCCCGACGCCGUACCCUACGGCCUUCCCGACGCCAUACCCGACGCCGACCCGACGCCGUACCCGACGGCCUUCCCGACGCCGUAUCCAACGGCCUUCCCGACGCCAUACCCGACGGCCUUCCCGACGCCGUACCCUACGGCCUUCCCGACUUUGUACCCGACGGCCGAUCCGACGCCACACCCGACGGCCUUCCCGACGCUGUAUCCGACGGCCUUCCCGACGCCGUAUCCGACGGCCUUCCCGACAGCUUUCCCGACGCCGUACCCGACGGCCGACCCGACGCCCGACCCGACGCCCGGCCCGACGGUGGACCCGACGUUUUACCCGACGUCGUUCCCGACGCCAUACCCGACGGCCUUCCCGACGCGGCGGUGCGUCUUCGUGGCACGUCCCUUGGCACGUCGCCUGGCGCAUCCCUUGGGACGUUCCGCGGCGCGUCUUCCUGGCAUGUUCCCCUGUCACUUAGCUCUGUGGCAGCUACUAUGUGCUGAGGCAGCUCGAGCUUAAGUUCAUAUCAG